AUGGCCUCAAAAUGCAUGUGGGAUUUGAUAGCUCAGUACGGUAUGCCAGACAAGGUGCAAAUGUUACAAGAUAACUACAAGGAUCUUGUCCUACCUUACCCCACCCGGAGAGAUCACAUGUUCGAUAUCCGGACCUCCUGGUCUCUUAGAGAUUUCCUGGACGUUAUCAUGACAUGGUCUCCGGUGAACAACAUGAUAAAGAGUCUGGGAUUGUCGGUGGAGGAAGGAUAUGAUCACGUGACUGAAUUGAUGAAGGAGAGAGGUAUGACGGAACUAGACAUGAAGUCUGUGUACACGUGGUCUCACCGUGUGCUCUGGUUACAGCUAGUAAAUCUUAGUAACUCUCAAGUAGAUCGAGUUCUAAAACCUGGAGGUAUAGUUGGACUCGUGUGUAUUAACUUACCAACAUGUGUAGAUUCCAGCAGUAUGCACAAUGCCUCGACAUGCAUCUGGGAUGUUAUCACCCAAUACGGUUUGCCAAAGAAAGUAAGACAUGUACAAGAGAACUACAAGAAUCUCGCCCUACCUUACCCAAAUCGGAAGGAUCACAUGUUCGAUAUUCAGACCUCCUGGUCUCUUAAGAUUACCUGGACGAAUGUAGAUCGAGUUCUGAAGCCCGGAGGAAUAGUUGGUCUAGUGUCAAUUAACUUACCAAGAUGUGUGGAUACCAGCAGUAUGCACAGUGCCUCGGAAUGCAUUGACAACGUGAUCGCUCAGUACGGCAUGCCAGACAAGGUGCAAAUGUUAGAAGAGAACUACAAGAAUCUCGUUUUACCUUACCCCACCCGGAGGGACUACAUGUUCGAUAUCCGGACAUCCUGGUCUCUUAGAGAUUACAUCGACGUUGUUAUGACGUUUUCUCCAGUGAACAAUUUGAUAAAGAGUUUGGGACUGACGUUGGAGGAGGGAUAUGUUCACGUGACUGAUAUGAUAAAGGAGGAAGCUCUUAUGGAACUAGACAUGAAGAUGUACAGAAAAUUAUGUAGAAAGGAAGUGUUUUCUAAAUUUCGGGGAUCAUCCGUCUUAUCCAAGGCUAACUCUACUCAGGAAUCUCUUACUUCCACAUGGAACAAAAGGUGGGAACAGUGUAAAGCAGGAGGAGGAGAGAAGGCCACUCAGCGUCACGUGAUCAAAAACAAAAAGCUGCCUGUACGUGAGAAACUACAAAGACUCCUAGACCCAGGUACCCCCUUCUUGGAAUGGGGACGACAAGCAGGGUUGGAUCUGAGGUAUGGAGAUGUGCCUUGUGCAGGGAGUGUUGGAGGAGUGGGGGUGAUUGGGGGUGUGUUGACCCUGGUCAUGGCUAGUGAUGCUACUGUUAAAGGAGGAACAGUGUUUCCCAUCACCCUGAAGAAACAGCUUCGUAUGCAGGACAUUGCUGACAAGUUUAACUUACCCUGUCUGUUUGUGGUAGACAGUGGAGGUGCCUACCUUCCUGAGCAGGCUAAUAUAUUCAUCGAAGGUGGCAAAUCAUUCUACAGACAAGCUGUGAUGGCUGCUAGGGGUCUCCCUCAGAUAUCUCUGGUAUGUGGCUCCUGUACAGCUGGAGCCGCCUACUCCUCUGUCAUGCCAUCUCACUGUGUAAUAAUGAAGGAUAUUGGUAGUCUCUACCUCGCUGGACCCCCACUUGUUAAGGCAGCAACUGGAGAAGAGGUGACCGCCGAGGAACUGGGAGGAGCUGAUCUCCAUUGUCGAGUUUCUGGAAGUACAGACUACUUCGUUAAUGACUACGAUGAGGCCAUCAAGACUGUCAGAGACAUUGUACAUUUGCACUCAAAACUCUUUCCAGCUCCAGAGGGUUGGAGCGAGAAGGUGGAGGAAAAGUGUUCCUUUUCUUCUGAUGUGUCUCAGAUUGUUGCGGACAUCGCAGACGAGGGAAAUGUACUGAAAUUCAAAGAACAGUUCGGUGCUGGAAUCCAGUGUGCUUUUGCUAAAUUAGGAGGGUUGAAAGUUGGUAUCCUAGCCGGUGAAGGAGAAAUUGACGGGAAAGGUGCUCUCAAAGCUUCAAACUUCGUCCAGAUCUGUCAACAGACAGAUAUUCCUCUCAUCUUUAUACAAGGUGACGUCACAACUUCCUAUACUCGAGAGUUGGCUUCCUUGAUGAGAAGUGUUGCCAUAGCAACCGUACCUAAGAUAACACUGGUUACAGGGAAUGCUGCAGGGCACGCUUAUCUUGCUAUGUGUGGAGGUGGUCUAUUACCUGAUUUGAGUUACCAGUGGCCAGGAGCAAAAGUAACAUGUGAUGACGGUGAAAGUGAUGACGUCAGAUCACUUGACGCGUGGGAUUGUUCGUCCAACAUGGUAUGUGAUGACGUCAUACUACCAGGGGAGACGCGGGAGACUCUAAGAUUGAGCCUGUUAGCUGCAUUAGCUUUCAGAAACACUGAUCUGAGGACUGGGACUAAUUCUGUACUGAAGUUUUAGCGCGGCCCCGAUUUGUAUUAAAUUAUUAUUGAAACGAAUGUUUAACCUUGAUUUUAUGUGUUUUUAAUUAUCAAACCAUGAUUUGUAACUCAAAUGCAUGAAGAUUUGGGUAUAAUUUUCAAAUGUUUAACUUUUAUAGAAGUUUAAGGUAAAAUCUAUCUCAACAUAUAACUAACUAUAACCUUGUAUAAUCUUUGUCAGAUUUCAGUCAAGACUUGUCUCGCAUUUUAUUGUGCAUGAACACAGAUUUGAAUAUUUAAUUUGUGCUAUUUACUUUUAUAGUGACUUAUAAGUCACUUUCAACGAAGAUACAUCAUAAAAGGUGUUUAUUUUUACAUGUUAAUCAUGAUGUUUACAGAUAAUCCAAUUGAUAAUGGGAUAGUAUUUAUCAUUCGUAUGAA